GAUACUAGCCACCACCACCACCGCAACAAACGGGAACUUGAGUCCCGACACAAGCAUGGCGGUAAUUGUCGUAAGUCAAAACGUGAUCGAUCUCCUCAUCACCAUCAUCAUCAGCAUACUCGAACACGGUCGACUCAAGAGUCAUCCAUGACAGAUCAUAGCAGCAAGGGAAGGCAUCAUUAUGAAUACCAUAGUAGCCAUCGUUCAAACCGUAGUCAUGAUGCAGAUAGAAGAAAGGAACAAUUUUCGAAACCCAAAGAAUCUAAACUUGAUACUAGUACUAGCAGCAGUAAACAUUCGAUUGUUGAAUGCAACAAAUCGGACAUUCAAAAAUCAGUUGAUUCUUUGGAGGUAAUUUCAAAUCAGGUACCAACCACAACGAAUACUAAACCAAAAGGACCACCAGCCGCAGUUUUAGCAUCAGUUGCUGCUGUCAUGGCCUCUAUUAAAGCACAACAGCCAUCAGAAUCAGUAUUGAAUCGCAUUUCAAUUCAACAGCCAAAUUCAUUACAGCCCACCGAUAUUCCCAAAUAUUAUAAUGCGAAAAUGGUGAAUGCAGCCAAACUAGCUCAACAGGCUGAAAAACGUAAACUUUUGUGGGGUGAUAACAAAAGUUCAGCUAACGAAAAGGUUAAACCUUCAUCGACAACAUCAGCCAACGUAUGGACGAAUCUUAAAUUUCAAGGUGAACAUGGUAUGGCAAUGACGGAAAAGUUUCGUAAACUGAUGGGAAUUAAAACAGCAGACACCUCGAAUCAACAACAAUUACUAUCAUCAAUUCAAGAUGAUGUUAAGGAUAGCAAUCAUCAUAAUGAAGAUAUUGUUGUAGCUAACCAAGAGAAACUUUUCGAAAACCUAGAUCAACAAUAUUCUAUUGCACGUCGAUCUACACAUUUGGCACGUGGAGUUGGUUUGGGCUUCACGGCUGCAGGAAUGUCCACUUCGUUUCAGCGAAAUUAUGACGAAAACGACAAGUAGUCAACAUCGUUUGUUAACAAAUAUCUUA